AAGAAUAGUAAAAAUUGUGUGGUUGAGAUUUGUGCAGAGGAGAGAGAAAUGUGCAGAACUACGGGAUUAUAUCAGACACCAACGGUUAUAACCGUUUGGUUUCACGCUUUACUGCAACGCCUCUCUUAAAGUUAAUCUGGCGGCUUUUCCUUAAUUUCAACCAAGAACUUCCAGACAUGGCUUCCCAACCUACAUUUCUCCACCUCCUAAUCUUGACGGCGUCUAUUUUCAUAUCUACACUCUCAACUCCAGAAGUACCCAGAAUGCCCAACUUUGCUUUCGCUUGGUUGAAUGACAAAGACACUUUUGUGGCAGGGGAAAUGGCGUUUAUAAAGGUUACAGUGCUAGGGAGAUUUGAGAUGGAGAAAUAUCAAUACCCUUUUAAUCCCAACAUCACUGUCAAUGAUAAGACGGGAAACAGCUCUUACAUUUCUGGGAUUUCUUUGCAAUUUGGUAGUGAUGUCAAGUCCUGGGCAAUUUCUUUCAUACCCAUCCUGGCUGGAUUGUUCAAUGUCCUCAUUACGGAUGAUAACUUCAACGUUUUCGAUUCGUCCCUGCAUUUUCGUACCAUCCCAGGGCGUUUUCAUCCGGCUUCUGGGGUUGUUUCAUGGCCGGGUGGAGGGAGAAAAUUUGUAGCCGGAACAAAGGCUGUGAUUUGGAUACUUCCUAAAGAUGCAUUUGGAAAUAAUGUCUCUUCAAAUGAUGAUGAUGAUAAGUUGAAUUCUUAUAAUUUCAACUUGUCCGCAAACAGUGAAAAUGGUUCCAUUGCAAGUUUGCUCAAUGUCACCAGUAAAGGAUGGAACAAGUUUGGCUUUCUGGGCGUGGAGUUUGUCAUAGCUACCGCUGGAAGUCUACUACUUCAUGUACAAGCAGAAAACCAGACACUGAGGGGCUCCCCACUGCCAUUAGAUGUGUCUCCUGGGGCACUAGAUGUCUCCAGCUGUGUAGCUCGGUGGAGCAUUGAAACAAAAUAUUUCCAAUUAUUUUCUCUCAUGGAGGGUUUCAUUCACCAGUACGAUAAGUAUGGAAAUCAUGUUCCAGGACUGUAUGAGUUUGAUGUGGAAAUCGUGGAAAAUGGGACAAAUUUGAUAAUGCCUGUCACAGAUCUGCAGUUCACCGAGGUUGACAUUGGAAUUCAGUUGUUUUCCUUCACCCUAGCCGAACCAGGGGAGUUUAUGCUUGUGAUAUCUGAUAAGGAGCAGAAGACCCACAUAUCCAACAUGCCAUAUCAAUUUACAGUAUUUAUAGGUUAUUGUGAUGGAAUGAGCAGCAUUGUUAAUGGGACUGGUCUCAAUCAUUCUGUUGCUGGUGAAGUUUCAAGGUUCUCUGUUUCCUUAAGAGACGCUUUUGAAUAUCCAUCUCUAAUUGAGUUACAAAUACUUCAUGUGCAAAUUUUCCAUGAAGCGUCUUCCCAGCCUCUACAACCAAGCAUACUUCCAAAGCAGAUGGUUAACGGUGAUUUUUUUGCUGGUAAAACCAAUCUUAGUGAAGUCCUUGAAACAGAGAGUGCUUUUACUCCUACAGCUGAUAACAAUAUAAAUUCUUCUGGAAACUUGAGGUUCAGCAUCUUCGAUGUCAAUUAUACACCUCAAAAGAGUGGACCAUACCAAAUUCGAGUCUUUUGUGGAAACAUUCCUUUGAAUGGCGGUCACCCAAUUAGAAAAGAAGUGAGUCCAGGCAGGGUUAAUGCAUCUCUUUCUGGGGUUGUGAAAUACUCUAGUAAGGUAUCAAAGCUGAUGAAGAACGAUAUAGUUGUACAGCUCAUGGAUUCAUAUACUAACCCGAUCCUAUCCCAACAGUCUAAGAUAAAUCUAGAGAUUGCUUCAAUUAAUAGAUCAGGUUUUUCAACGUCUAGCUUUGUUGACAACAAUGACGGUUCAUAUACCGGUAGCUAUGUGGCCAUGGAUAUUGGAUCCUAUGACAUAUGUGCCUCAUUUGAUGGCUACCGUUUCUUUCCCUGCCCCUUUGCUGUGACAGUGUACCCCAGUGAGUACUUUCCAGUGGUACACGAUGACUUAGUAAGUUUGUGGGAGGAUGAAUCCAUUGCUUUUAAUGCCCUGGAAAAUGACUACUUUGCGGGUGACAAUGCAACAACUUCUUACUUUUCAAAGCCUGACCAUGGUUCACUUCUACAAUAUGAGCAUCUGUUUAGAUAUACUCCACACAGAGGGUUUACUGGAAACGAUUCAUUCUCAUACACAAUAUCCGAUAUAAAUGGGAACUUUGCAUCUGGAUGUGUGAACAUAUCAGUCCUCAGCAUUCCUCCUCAGUUUGUUUCUUACCCUAGUCAGCUCCAAGCAACUGAAGAUGUAAUUAGUCCUAGAUAUGGUGGAUUUGCUGGCCUUGAGAUUAUGUAUUCGGAUUCAGAUGAGAAUAUCAGCAUUGCUUUCAGUGCGAAAUUUGGGACAAUCCUCCUUUCUCCUAUGCUUAUGAAGUUUUGGCGACCUGCCCAGAUAGUAUCAUCCAUGAAAGAUGAGGGGAAGACUAAAGAACUAACUUUGUCAGGCACUUUGGAAGAAAUCAAUUUUGCAAUUCAAUCAAUUCAGUAUUUCGGGAACGGAAACUUCUCUGGCAGUGAUGUGAUCACAGUUUCUACUAGAAACAGAAAUGGAAAGAAUGAUUUAGAUAUCCCGAUAUAUGUGGAGCCUAUCAAUGAUCCUCCAUUCAUAAACGUCCCUACAUAUGUUUUCUUGGAUCGAAGUGUUGAUGAAGAACUAGUUUUCGACUCUCAAAAAGACAAGUUUGAUGUUUUCUAUGGGGACCCAGAUGCACUAAACUUUCCUGGGAACAAGUCCCGGUUUCAGGUGAUGUGUAGCAUGGAAGUCAGUUCCGGAUUACUGUCAUUAAACCUUCCAGCUGAGCUGAUUAGCAAUACAGAGCUGAAGCUGAAGAUUAGUUAUCAGUGGCAGCCUGUCCAGACAUUUGUGACCAUCUCGAAACACUUUACCAUAAAAGCAAAAGGCAUAAGAUUUCGCGCAACACUUGACGACUGCAACACUAUCAUGAAGCAAUUAAUUUACCAUGGAAAAGAUGGCGCAAUUUUGACUUUGACAGUAAAUGAUAUGGGGAACUAUGGGUGCUAUCCAGACUGUGCCACUAUGAUGUCGAUUCCUUUGUAUGUAGAGGUUACGGUAAAUCUGGUAAGAAGAAGACCACUGAAUGCAUUUCUGUCUAAAGCUAUAGGUACAUCAAUUAUUAUUGAAUUCGUUUUUGUGGUUUCUCUUGGAGUGGUGCUUCUGUUCUUCACCUGCAAGUGUGCAAUGGGACUCAUUAGUGAAAGAAGAAAAAAGGAACCAGAUGAUGAAGUUGCAGGGGUUCAAAGGUCCCAUAAAUGCAAGAGCAGCAAUGAGUUAGCAGAUAAUGCAACUAAGUCCAAAAUGUGCUGUUCUAGUUCCUUUUUACAGAGAGCCCUUCCUUCCAACUUCCGCCAAAGGUCUUGUAAAAACACCAGAGAAUCUUCCCUGGGCUUAGAAAUGAUCUCUCCGCAGCGGUCAAGUGAUCCUGGGGAGCACAAAACAAGCUCAUCUCAUGUUCUUUUGCCAUGCCUCUCAACAAAAAAUGAUGGAAAAUAAUAAAUUGCUUCUCACUGUUUUGAAUCCUCAAUGUUCCUAUUUUAGCUACAAAAUCCUAUACUCUUCAAAUAGGCAUUCGAACUAACUUAAAAAGUGCAAAUCACGCCUUAUGUAGGAGGCUCUGUCCGGCCAUCGCCAUUUGGGGCGGUUCCCGAUGUAAUUCUUUGAUCAAAUUUUUUGAGCAUCUUCUAGUUUACCCAUACCAAAUUUCAGAUAAAAAUUAAACUGGGAAGACAGUCAAAUGAUUUUCUGAAAUGUACUGCGCUGUUAAAUUACGCAUUUAUCUUCAAAAAUUCAUUUUACUGCCUUCCCGAUUGAAUUUUUAGCUGAAAUUUGGUAUGAGUACACUAGACUUAAUGAAGAAGAUGUUCAAAUAAUUUAUUCAAAAAAUUCCACAGGGAACCGCUCCAAAUGGUGGAGGCCGGACAGAGCCUCCUAUAUAAGGGGUGAUUUGCACUUUUUAAGUUUGUUCGAUGGUCUAUUUGACCUUUUAGCCUUUAUUUAUUGAUUCGAAAAAGUCAUUUCAUACUGAUGAUCAAAUGUAAAUAUAAAAGCAAACAUAUGAGAAGCUGAGUUACACUGACCUUUUAGAAUGGAGUCUGUCUUAAUAUUGUCUCGAAGUUCCUAAAGUUCAAAUGAGCUACUCGAUCCCAACUUAAACACAA